UCUCCAUUGACAGAGCCCCGAAAUAGAAGAGCUCCAAGGUGGAUGAAUGACUAUGUAUCUGGUGAUGGUCUUUCCGAUGAAGAGGAAGAGGUACAAACUCACUUAGUCUUGUUUUCUCAUGUCGUUCGUUCUGAUCCUACUUCAUUUGACGAAGCAAUAAAGGAGGAGAAAUGGAGGGCAGCCAUGGAUGCAGAAAUGAGAUCAAUUGAGAAGAAUGGAACGUGGGAUCUUAGAGAGCUGCCAAAAGGAGCGGAAAAAAUAGGAGUCAAAUGGGUAUACAAAACAAAGUUGAACGAGCUUGGAGAAGUAGAAAAAUACAAGGCUCGCUUGGUCGCCAAAGGGUAUGCUCAAGAAUACGGAGUUGAUUAUGAAGAAGUAUACGCUCCUGUAGCUCGUAUGGACACGGUUCAAAUGAUUUUGGCACUUACAACACAAAGAGGUUGGUGUGUGUUUCAGCUGGAUGUGAAGUCAGCCUUUCUUCAUGGGAAGUUAGCUGAGAAUGUAUAUGUGGAGCAGCCAAGGGGUUAUGAAAUAAAGAAUGAAGAGCAUAUGGUAUAUAAGCUCAACAAAGCUUUGUACGGACUCAAGCAGGCACCGCGAGCAUGGUUCAGCCGAAUUGAAUCAUACUUCAGGAAGGAAGGUUUUGAGAAGGAGGAUAGUGAGCAAACUUUGUUUACCAAAGUCAAAUAA